CAAAUAAUCUUUUUUAAAAAAAGAAUCCUUAGGAUGACCUGAGUAAAUGCAGAGGCAAGACAACCUUGCAUGGAAAUUCAUUCUCUUGAAUUGAUUUAGUAAUACAGCACUUAGUAAAUGAGAGAGGGCUUUAUGCAUUUCUCUUCCCAUAAUGAGAUUUGGUGAGUACAAAAAUGGUCCUCAAGCCAGAGGUACCAUUGGAGGAAUCCUGUGUUUCAGAGAAAUGAACUCAAAUGGCUAGCAAUUGGUUGGCUGGAUCUGAAACAGCCUGUCCCCAGCAUGACACAACUGUUAAAACUAGGAACUUGAUGUUUCCUGGUGCUACUCUCUGUUCAGAAUUCAUAGGUUCUUUAUCAUCUUGUAGUGGAAAAAGCACAUGUCUUGAAAGUGAUAAAUUUGAUUUGGAGUCCCAAUUUCAACUAGUUGGGGGAUGAUAGACUCAUUGUGUAAUAAGCCUUUACUGGUAGAAUGCCCCACCUUUCAGUUUGAGUACAUGAUCUUGACCAAUGAAUUGUAUGAUCUUGGGGCUAUUCUUUACUUUCCCCAGUUCCUAGUAUAGUAAUUUACAGUAUUCAGUUCUGAGUAAAUAAACUGUCCCAGUUCAGUGCUUACAGUUACUAGUUUUAAUUUUUAAAGGGCCUUGGGGGUAAUAUCCCAAUUUUCAGUUUUUUUAUAGUUACUCCUGGCCUAGAUUGAAGGUGGAGUUUCCUUAAUGGCAAGGAUCCACCUGGUCUCUUCCUGGGUUAAAUGCAGUUGCAAUUCUUGUGGGUUGUUUUGGGUUUGUUUGUUUUUUGCAGUUUUUGUGUUAAGUAGGCUCCACGCCCAUUGUGGGGUUUGAACUCAGUACCCCAGAAAUCGAGUCAAAUGCUGCACAAAGACAGACACCCCUAAUUCUUGUUUUGUUUUAUAACAGUUAAGGGAUGGGGUUGAAUAGGAACGAACAUACUGAUUUUAUAAGAAAUGACUAAAUGGUGCUAAAAUUGGUGACUGAAAAUAAAGUAAAAAUGAAAGUACAUUCCAUUCAUCUUUUAUACAGAGGGCUAAACCGUUAAAGCUUCUACAUCAGUUUGUUUAAGCUACAUGGCACCCAGUGUGGAUGCCUACCUUUAAGGUGAGAAACUGAAUUAAAGAGAAAUGGCCUUAUACAAUAAUUGCCGUGCAACACCCACUAGUCUUCCUACAGCCCAACUCACGUGGGCCGCGAAAGGCCAUUUAUUGGCAGGCUUCCCGAACUGAGACGCGACCACCGUGAUGCAGUUCACAUCCGGGGCGAUCUGGUUGGUGAUGCUAGCCAAUCGAAAAUCGUCUCUCCGCCGGCAGCGAGGGGCGGGGCUGGCGCCAGGGUGAAGACGUCACGUACUCCAUGGUAACGACGCUCGGCCAGAAGAUGGCGGCGGAAUGGAACGGAGUUGCAGGUUUCUCGGGUUCAGGCCCUGGCCCUAGCCAGUGGCGCUGGAGCAGGUCUUUAUGGGUCCAAGGCGUUUUACUCCUGUUGGGCGGCCUCUGGGCAAGCUCCACAUCAAUUCCUGUCUCCUUGGACAGUUCCCCUCCCUGCCGGCACCACGUCCCCUCUGAGACUGAGGUCAUAAAUAAGGUUCAUCUUAAGGCAAAUCAUGUUGUAAAAAGAGAUGUUGAUGAACAUUUAAGAAUCAAGACUGUCUAUGAUAAAAGUAUUGACGAAUUGCUCCCUGAGAAAAGAUACCUCGUAAAGAAUAAACUUUUUCCACAAGCUAUUUCUUAUUUAGAGAAGACUUUUCAGGUUCGGAGACCUGCGGGCACUAUCUUACUUAGCAGACAACGUGCAACAAACCGAUACCUACAGAAGGAAAAUGAUCCCCAUAGAUACUGUACUGGGGAAUUUGCAGAGCAUACAAAAUGUGGCCCAGUUAUAGUGCCUGAGGAGCACCUCCAGCGAUGCAGGGUCUGCCGUGGGGGUAAGUGGUCCUGUGUGGCAGUGGGUGUGCAAGACCAAGAGGGCGUCCGGGAUGCAGACUUUGUUCUGUAUGUUGGUGCUCUGGCCACCGAGAGGUGCAGCCAUGAAAACAUCAUCUCUUAUGCAGCCUAUUGUCAGCAGGAAGCAAAAAUGGACAGGCCAAUAGCAGGAUAUGCUAACCUGUGUCCAAAUAUGAUCUCUACCCAGCCUCAGGAGUUUAUUGGGAUGCUGUCCACAGUAAAACAUGAGAUUAUUCAUGCCCUGGGUUUCUCUGCUGGCCUGUUUGCGUUUUACCAUGAUAAAGAUGGAAAUCCUUUGACUUCAAGAUUUGCAGAUGGUCUCCCACCUUUUAAUUACAGUCUUGGAUUAUAUCAAUGGAGUGAUAAAGUAGUUCGAAAAGUGGAGAGAUUGUGGAAUGUUCGAGAUAAUAAGAUCAUUUCUCACACUGUGUAUCUUCUAGUAACACCUCGUGUUGUUGAUGAAGCACGAAAACAUUUUAACUGUCCAAUUCUGGAGGGAAUGGAACUCGAAAAUCAAGGCGGUAUGGGCACUGAGCUCAAUCAUUGGGAAAAGCGGUUAUUAGAGAAUGAAGCAAUGACUGGUUCUCACACCCAGAACCGAGUCUUCUCUCGAAUCACUCUGGCAUUAAUGGAAGACACUGGCUGGUAUAAGGCUAACUACAGUAUGGCUGAGAAGUUAGACUGGGGCCGAGGAAUGGGCUGUGACUUCGUCAGGAAGAGCUGCAAAUUCUGGAUUGACCAGCAGAAACAAAAGAGACAGACGCUGAGCCCUUUCUGUGACACACUCAGAAGUAAUCCAUUGCAGUUAACUUGCAGACAGGACCAGAGAGCAGUUGCAGUGUGUAAUUUGCAGAAGUUUUCAAAACCUUUACCUCCAGAGUACCAGUACUUCGAUGAACUAAGUGGAAUACCUACAGAAGAUUUGCCUUAUUAUGGUGGUUCAGUAGAAAUUGCUGACUACUGCCCUUUCAGUCAGGAAUUCAGUUGGCAUUUAAGUGGUGAAUAUCAGCGCAGCUCAGAUUGUAGAAUAUUGGAAAAUCAACCAGAUCUUUUUAAAAACUAUGGUGCUGAAAAGUAUGGACCUCAUUCAGUUUGUCUAAUUCAGAAAUCAGCAUUUGUCAUGGAAAAGUGUGAGAGGAAGCUGAGUUACCCAGACUGGGGGAGUGGAUGUUAUCAGGUUUCUUGUUCUCCUCAAGGUCUGACAGUUUGGGUUCAGAACACUUCAUAUUUGUGUAGUCGAGCUGGGCAGGUCCUCCCUGUCAGUAUUCAGAUGAAUGGCUGGAUUCAUGAUGGUAACCUGCUCUGCCCAUCGUGUUGGGACUUCUGUGAGCUCUGUCCUCCAGAAAGAGAUCCUCCAGCUACUAACUUGACCCGAGCUCUUCCACUAGAUCUUUGUUCCCAUUCCUCUAGCCUGGUGGUUACUCUCUGGCUUCUGCUAGGCAAUCUAUUUCCUCUGCUGGCUGGAUUUCUUCUGUGUGUAUGGCACUAGGAAUGGAAAAGUGAAUUCUCAAGACAUUACUUUGUGUCACGUUCCUCUGAACAAAGCACAAAUCUGGGAGAGUGCCAGCCUAGGCAGAUGGCAAAAGAGGCGUUCCUAACUUUGGCUUGGAAGCUUUGACCACAGUCAGACCUUGAAGCAGAACUUCACAGCAGUCACUCUUCAUCAGCAGUCCGACAGCCUCAGAGCUUGGAGGAGGAGAAGGAAUUCUAAGUCACCAUGUCUUUAUUUGUCAGAAUGUAUAACCUGCCUGAAAUUUGCCUUUGAAAAUGGAAUAAUUGGUGAAAUUUUCAGAGUGAUUACAUACCCCAGCAUUUUCAUUAACCUAAAAUGAAUACUGCAGUAAUUUUUAAAAUGGCUAUUAUAAGAUUAUAAAUUAUGGAUCCUGUCCUCAAAAGUUAAAUUGUCCUUUGAAUUACAGAUAGUAAUUGAAUUGGGUUUCUGUAUCACUGUUAUAUUGAAUUUAAUGGCUGUACAUGGUACACUUAAAUCAUUAUUCUCAUUGUCUAAAAGGUUGGGUUUUUUUUUAAUGUUUUGCUAAAUCUUAUGAUUUGACCAUGCUUGGCUUUUUCAAACCAGCUGUGUGGCAGUUUACUACUUAACCAUUAGGCACUGGUAGCCCUUCCAGUUGUGUUCUCCAGUAAUUUAAUCAUGACGUGAAAAACUGUGGUCGCAGAGAGAGAAAAAUACUCUGCCAUGUAACACUGAAGACAGGCAAACAGAAGAAAACUUAAUUGUAUGUUUUUCAGAUAAUAAUUAUGAUAACUGUAACCCAAGAAAAAUAGAACUAUUCUUUUUUGACCAGUGAAGAGAAAAAUUAUGGUACUACAUAGAGAGAUAUGCGGUUAUUUUCAAGUAGGCUAAGAAGUUAUUACAGAAGAAUAUCUACUAUCUGAAAAUUAUAUAUAAGAAGAAAAAUAUAAGUCAAAACAAGAUGGUUUACUAAUAGCAAAGUGUAAGUUUGUUGUAGGGCCUAUUCAUCACCCACAAUAUAAGGCGUGGUCCGCAGAAGUCAGAAAAUUGCCUGUGCUUUAAAAGGAGGUGAUGUUCUUGAUAUGAUGUGAUUUCCGCCCAGUGCUCUGAAUGUCAAAGUGAAGAAGUUCAGUGAAGCGCAGGUAAAUGGCAGGAGUAACUAUGACUCUCUGAAGGUAGCCAAAUGCCUCGUCAUCUAAUUAGUAAUGCACAUUAGUAAUGCACAUGAGUGGAUGAACGAGAUUCCCAUUGUCCCUAGCUACUAUCCAGAGAAACCAGACAGGGGAAUGGGUUUGGCAGACAAAAAACAAAAACAAACCAACGGUAAAAAGAGGUGAUGUUUUUGCUUCCUGCUUUUGACACUGCUCCUGUUACUACGUAGAUUCUCAUCCUCAGAAACAAUUCUGCUCCGGUACUAAAGCUUACCACCCCCUCUUAGUAAUUCAAUUCAAAGAUUUUUUAGUGAUGAGUAAUGCCCAGUUCUCUCUAAAGUUAAUGAAGUCCUCAAACACCUGAACAGUAUUUUUUCAUUCAUUCAUCUAUUCAUUCAUUCAUUCACCUUUUAAUUUAGCAUAGUUAUUGAGCACUCCAUUUAAGAGAUUAUGCUAAGUGAGCAAGCAGUAUAAUUACUAAAAAGUAAUUCCAGCUGACCAUUUGACAUGCGAGCCAAACUGCAACCCAGAAUAGAGGAAAGUCACCUUUUUCUAAUGCAUAAGUUUUAAAUAUGUAUUUGCAAGCAGUUUUAAAUUGGAGGUAUUUGUCAUUGUAAAAAAAGAAAGAAAGAAAGAAAGAAA